CUGUUUCUUUAAAUUAAAAAAACAAACAAACAGUCGGAACCUUUACUUCUAACUCCCUCAGUUCCCCUCCGGACUUUCAUAUAGGUUGUACCGCACUAAAGUCGGCUUGUAUUUGAUCCCCCCCCCAGUCAGAAUUAAUCGUUAGAUAUUUUGUCGUCCGGUUCCCUGUUCUGGACGUUUGGACUUUUCACCGAAUUCAAACGUUAACAUUCGGUGUCGCGGGAAAAGUUCGUAGAAAAACAAACUGAAAGCCGAAGAUGUGCGAGUUUGAACCCGGAGCGGCGGCGUGUGUGAACCGCUACAUGCUACGUGUACGGUAACGGUUAACGUGAAGGUGGCUGGCUAGCUAACGGAGAGAGAGAGAGUGAGAGACACACACACACAACCUAAGACAGAGAGAGAGAGAGAGAGAGAGAGACAUGGAUCCAGAACGAACCGGAUUUUAACUUUUUAUUUUACCGGGCAGAUGUUCAGAAGCUGUGAAACCGAACCGCCGGAGGUUUGCGCGGUGAAAGUUAGCAGAGAGUUACCGCCGAGGACGCCUCGGUCCCCGGCAACAACUUGGACGCGAGAGAGGAUGGAGGAGUGAAAAACACUGGAAGUAACGAGGGAGGUUUUGUGUGAGGAAACCGACAGUUACCGCCGCUGCUUUAACGUCUGUCGGUGUUUUUAAUCGUUAAUAAACGGACUGAAAUCAGCAGCCAGAGGUUUGUAAAGAUGAUGUAUUCGUCGAGGAGGAAGCCGGUGCUCUACUUCAAAGAGGAGAAAAGGUUCCUGUCUGGUAAGUGCACGGUCUACAAGCUGUUCGGCCUCUGCAUGGUGCUGGUGCUGGUCUCUCUGCUCUGGCUGCAGCUCAGCUGUUCAGGUGAAAUGUCCUCCAUGCACGAAGACAGACGCCUCCCCCAGCAACAGCCGCCGCCGCUGCCCUGCCCUUCUGACAGUCAGGCGUCUGCAGCUGACGACCCCUCCUGGGGUCCUCACAAACUCGCCCUGAUCAUCCCGUUCAGAGAGCGCUUCGAGGAGCUGCUGGUCUUUGUUCCCUUCAUGCACACGUUCCUCAACAAGAAGAAGAUCCGCCACAAGAUCAUCGUCAUCAACCAGGUGGAUCACUACAGAUUUAACCGAGCGUCUCUCAUCAACGUGGGUUACGCGGAGAGUGGGAACGACACGGAUUACCUGGCGAUGCACGACGUGGACUUGCUGCCCCUGAACGACGCUCUGGACUACGGCUUCCCCGAGGACGGGCCUUUCCACGUGGCCUCCCCUGAACUGCACCCGCUCUACCACUACAAGACCUACGUAGGAGGAAUCCUGCUGCUCACCAAGAAACAUUACCACAUGUGUAACGGGAUGUCAAACCGGUUCUGGGGUUGGGGCAGAGAAGACGACGAGUUCUACAGACGACUGAGAAAAGCUGAACUCCAGCUGUUCAGGCCGAGCGGCAUCACUACAGGAUAUAAAACCUUCCUCCACAUCCACGACCCGGCCUGGAGGAAGAGAGACCAGAAGAGGGUCGCGACUCAGAAACAGGAGCAGUUUAAGGUGGAUCCGGAGGGGGGGCUGACUAACCUCCGUUACCAGGUGGAGUCCAGACAGGAAAUGACCAUCAGCGGGGCUCCCUGCAGCGUCCUCAACACUAAACUGGAGUGUGACCAGGAGCAGACCCCCUGGUGUCUGCUGGCGUAGACUCUGAGUCCAGGUCCUGGUUGUUCUGGAGGCGUAUCAGGGUUUAAACUGGCAGCACUGCACCGAUCCUUUAGGGAAAGAGACUCAGUUUAGCUUCAAGUCUCUGCUUUUUAAUGGACGUUACUGAUGGAGCUGCAGUGGGAAAAUCCCCCUCAGUCAAACCAAAGGUGGAAGCAGAACACAACCGGCCUGGAGCUUAAAAUCACAGAGCAGCAAACGAACUACAUUUCCCUCUUAUCAGGUACAUCUCAACAAUAAAACUGCUGUUUCAUAAGCCAGGUAAAAAUACGACUGUGACAGUUUCCUACCUGUCAGACGGGUCAGUUCAGUAACAGAACAGUAAAACCUCACAGCAUUAAUAUGGAGGACUGGAACUGCUCCUGUCUGACUCACCUGAUGAAACUCACCUGAACUGACCUGGAAACAGUUUGGUGUCUGACCUCAACACUCAGUGCAGCGAUGGAGAUGGACUGUUACACCGAGCCAGACGAGACGAGCAUGACCAAACCUGAGCUGUUUCAGUUCUGUUAGUUCUCUUUGGUACCUGUCGGCAUGGAGUGAAUGCAAACUUUGUCUAUUUUUAUUUUUUAUUUUGAAUGUGGGCUUGUGCAAAUGGAGCAGAGAUGGUCGUUUUCACCAGAAGUCGGACACGUGUGCCGUCACAUUAGAGGGUUUCUUUAAGCUUUUUAUCCAUCAAAUAUAAAAUGAAUCGGUGCUCGAGGAUUUCUGACAACUAACCUCCAGAGUAUCUCAUUGUUUUAUUUUCCCGCCGACACUGUUAAAUGAAGAGAGUGAAGUCUGAAACUCUUCUUGUUGGUGUUUUUAUUUUUUACACUAUGUUCCUUUUUAAUAGAGGCACAUUGAAUUAGCCAAAGAAAAAAAUUGGAGACUUUAUUUAUGACUCCUGUUUCUUGGUGUCUAAUAAUCACAAAACUUUUUCUCUUAACUACGAGAGAAGCGCCGUGAGAUUUGGAUUUUGUCAUUUUAAGUCAUUAUGAUGAGGAAACAUCUCCUAGUUUCUUUUCUUUGAUGAACGCAGAGUUUCUUCAAGGUAAACUGAGCCAAACUAAGUCAAACCAGCCUCAACUCAACUCAACUGCAGCAGACUGACAUUGAGAUGCUUUGGCAGCAGCAUGAACUUCAUGAAUAUAAACAUGAACAAUUUAGAUUGAUCUCAUCAGACUUUUCAAAAUAAAAUAAGGAGUAUCCCAGAAUCACAGUGCAGCAGGUUUAUCAGUGUUUCUGACAGAACACAGACUGUAAAAGUCGAUUUGAUUUGAGCAAAUGUCUCUAAAAGUUUAUUUGAGAAUAAAACGCAAGUCAUUACAAAUGAAAUCAAAAAUAAAAAAUUAAAGUCACUUUGUUAUUGACUGUAUUGUGAAAGUUUCACUGCAGGUUUUUUAAUCAGAAAGAAAAGGGGUCGAAAAUGACUUUACAAGUUUUUGAAGAUGUUACAAAGUUCCUGUCUGUUACCGUGAGAAUACUUGUUUGUUGAUGGGAAGCCAGUGAGGGAUCUUGUCCUUAACAUAAAAUCAUACUGACAUAAAUGUCUGUCAGUAUAAACUCAGUCUAGCUUCUUAGUUAAGUGUUCAGAGGGCUGCUGACACUGUCUUCUUCUCUGCUGUUGUAGUGUCCUGGUCGGGCUCUAGAGUUUUAAAGGCGAUGGCUUAUAUACAGACCACGAUGUCAUACUGAUUUAUUUCCCAGAGAGAAUGGUGCCAUGUGUUUGUACAAUAUUCAGUAUUUAUAUAAAUCUGACUCUACAAAAAAUGUCUCGGCUUGUUUCUUCUUCUCUGUUUGCAUUGUUUUGAAUGAAGAAGUUUUCAUGGACGACUACCAGAGCCAAACCACCGUGGGCUGCACUGAGCCCACUUAAUAUUAGUGACUAUAAACUGCUCUGCUUGUUAAGCCCCACCCCCCCUUAGUUACUGUUGCUACCAUAGACUAUAUAAAAAUGGAUGUUGACGCUGGGUCUGGAAAAUUUAAGCAAUGCGGAAGUGCGUUGACCCUACUUGUCAC